GGCACAGAGAGUUACGGUCGAGACUAAAAAAGAGAAGAACAAAAAAGAAAUCCGCGGCUGCACCAUGCUCUCCGGGUCUACCGCGUGUCUGUGGAUUACGUUUUGCCUUCAUUUGUGCUGUCAUGUAGGCAGCGGAGGAGCACAGAACGCCAAGGAAGUGAUUCUGCUGGACUCCAAGGCACAGCAGACAGAACUGGAGUGGAUCUCCUAUCCUCCCAAUGGGUGGGAAGAGAUCAGCGGCUUGGACGAGAACUACACGCCCAUUCGCACGUACCAGGUGUGCCAGGUCAUGGAGCCCAAACAGAACAACUGGCUUCGGACUAACUGGAUAGACAAGGGCAAUGCCCAGAGAAUUUUUGUGGAACUGAAGUUCACCCUGAGGGAUUGUAACAGCCUGCCCGGUGUGGUGGGCACCUGCAAGGAGACGUUCAACCUGUAUUACCAGGAGACGGACUCGGAGGUGGGCCGGAGCCUGCGGGAGAACCAGUACGUGAAGAUCGACACCAUCGCCGCCGACGAGAGCUUCACCCAGGGCGACCUGGGCGAGCGGAAGAUGAAGCUGAACACGGAGGUGCGCAUCAUCGGGCCGCUGUCCCGCCGCGGCUUCUACCUGGCGUUCCAGGACGUGGGCGCGUGCAUCGCCCUGGUGUCGGUCAAGGUGUACUACAAGAAGUGCUGGUCCAUCAUCGAGAACCUGGCCACGUUCCCGGACACCGUGACGGGCUCGGAGUUCUCCUCGCUGGUGGAGGUGGAGGGCGCGUGCGUGAACGACGCCGAGGAGGAGACCGACAACUCCCCCAAGAUGCACUGCAGCGCCGAAGGGGAGUGGCUCGUGCCCAUAGGGAAAUGUAUAUGCAAGGCUGGAUUUCACCAGAAAGGGGACGCGUGUGAUCCGUGCGGCCGUGGCUUCUACAAGUCUUCCUCCCAGGACCUUCAGUGCUCUCGCUGUCCGGCUCACAGCUUCAACGACCGCGAGGGCUCCUGGCGCUGCGACUGCGACGACGGCUACUACCGGGCGCUGUCCGACCCGCCGUCCGUGGCCUGCACCAGACCUCCCUCCGCGCCACAGAACCUGGUCUACAACAUCAACCAGACCACCGUCGGCCUGGAGUGGAGCCCGCCGGCCGACACGGGCGGCCGCAACGACGUCACCUACAGGGUCAUAUGCCAGCGUUGCAGCUGGGAACCCGAGGAGUGCGUGCCGUGCGGGCCCAAUGUGGGAUACUCUCCGGCGCAGUCGGGAUUAGCGGACACUUACCUGAGCAUCGUGGAUCUGCUCGCCCACGCCAACUACACGUUCGAGGUGGAGGCCGUCAACGGUGUGUCGGACAUGAGCCGCACGCAGCGGCUGUUUGCGGCAGUCAGCAUCGCUACCGGUCAAGCAGCUCCGUCCCAGGUCAGCGAGGUCAUCAAGGAGAAGGUGCAGCAGCGCAGCAUCCAGCUGUCCUGGCAGGAGCCCCAGCAGCCCAACGGCGUCAUCACGGAGUACGAAAUCAAGUACUACGAGAAGGACCAGAAGGACCGGGUCUACUCCACGGUGAGGUCCAAGUCCACGUCGGCCACGGUGAACAACCUGAAGCCCAGCACGGCCUACGUGUUCCAGAUCCGGGCCUUCACAGAGGCCGGGUACGGUACCUUCGGACCCCGGCUGGAGAUAACCACCCAGGAGGAGGCCACAGCGGCGAUCGUCUCCAGCGAGCAGAACCCCGUCAUCAUCAUCGCGGUGGUGGCCGUGGCGGGGACCAUCAUCCUGGUGUUCAUGGUGUUCGGCUUCAUCAUCGGGAGAAGGUACGCUCUCGCGGGCCCCAUUGACUCUCCACUCCUGCACUGCGGGUACAGCAAAGCGGAUCAGGAGGGAGACGAGGAGCUCUACUUCCAGUUUAAAUUUCCAGGCACCAAGACCUACGUUGACCCCGAGACCUACGAGGACCCCAACAGGGCCGUCCACCAGUUCGCCAAGGAGCUGGACGCCUCCUCCAUUAAAAUCGAGCGGGUCAUCGGAGCAGGAGAGUUCGGGGAGGUGUGCAGCGGCCGGCUCAAGCUGCCCGGGAAGCGGGACAUGUCGGUCGCCAUCAAGACGCUGAAAGUGGGCUUCACGGAGAAGCAGAGGCGGGACUUCCUGUGCGAGGCCAGCAUCAUGGGCCAGUUCGACCAUCCCAACGUGGUGCACCUGGAGGGGGUCGUGACGAGAGGGAAGCCCGUGAUGAUUGUCAUCGAGUACAUGGAGAACGGCUCAUUAGACGGCUUCCUCAGGAAACACGAUGGUCAGUUCACAGUCAUCCAGUUGGUGGGGAUGCUGCGGGGCAUCGCGGCGGGAAUGCGAUACCUCUCCGACAUGGGAUACGUCCACCGAGAUCUGGCUGCCAGGAACAUCCUUGUCAACAGCAAUCUCGUAUGCAAAGUGUCCGACUUCGGCCUGUCGAGGGUGAUCGACGACGAUCCCGAGGCUGUCUACACAACAACUGGGAAGAUGCAGGAUAUAAUGCAUUUGAUCUUUACUCCAGCCUCUGACCUGCAUUUUACUGAACAGGGCGGCAAAAUACCCGUCCGAUGGACCGCGCCGGAGGCCAUACAGUAUCGAAAAUUCACCUCCGCGAGUGACGUGUGGAGUUAUGGCAUUGUCAUGUGGGAGGUCAUGUCCUAUGGGGAGCGGCCCUACUGGGACAUGUCCAAUCAAGAUGUCAUAAAGGCAAUAGAGGAAGGCUACCGUCUUCCAGCCCCGAUGGACUGUCCACCGGGCCUGCAUCAACUUAUGCUGGACUGCUGGCAGAAAGACAGAGCUGAACGUCCAAAAUUCGAUCAGAUAGUUAGCAUCCUAGACAAGAUGAUUCGCAACCCUAACACAUUGAAAACGCCAGUGGGAACAUGUACAAGACCAAUUAGUCCACUGUUGGAUCAGAGCACACCAGACUUCACCGCCUUCCGCUCAGUGGGAGAGUGGCUGGAAGCCAUCAAGAUGGAGCGAUACCGAGACAACUUCACGGCGGCUGGCUACGGUUCCCUGGAAUCUGUGGCCAGGAUGUCAAUCGACGACGUGAUGAGCUUGGGGAUCACGCUGGUCGGCCAUCAGAAAAAGAUCAUGAGCAGCAUACAGACUAUGAGAGCCCAGAUGUUGCAUCUCCACGGCACGGGCGUCCAGGUGUGACGAGGGUUGCGGCGUCGGACAAGGGGACGAAGGAAAAAAAACAAAAACAACGAAAAAAAACAGAACUUAUCUGGAGCAGUGCCUGGGACGUAAAGCGGGAGGAUCGUCAAAGUAAAACGGACGUCUUGGUGCGUCCGACUCUUCCGGCUCGUGUCUGGACUGAAACUAUUCCUUUGUUCCUCAGUGAAGGAGUGCGCUCCGCCUUUCCGAAAGGCACUAAAGAGAGGACAAAGGGGGCAGCGGGAAGAACUGCAACACACAAAGAAAGACAAAAAGAAACUACCUGGACGAGAUGACUAUCUUUUCACUUUUCUUCUUCUUCUUUUUUUUAUUUUUUUGAAGAAGAGCUGAUGAACUCAACCAUAUAUCAAAUGGCGCAUUGGAAAGGAGUUUGACACCUCCCUCUUUUUUUUCCUACCAUUUUAUUAAAGACUUAAGUGCACACCAUGGCCAUGGAUUACCUUUAAAAAAUGAACAACAAAAACACACAAACAAUGUCUCUCCUUGCGGUGCUUUCACUCUUUAUUUUGCAUCCGUCUGCCACAGUGACACAUUGUGGCCUACGCAACAAGUUGUUUUCUCUCUCUAUAUCUUCUUCUACUUGGACUUUGACAACAGGGUAAACUCUUUUAUCCAAACGCAGCGGGAACUUUUUAGGCUUAGAUUCAAAAAGGUACUUUAUUUCUUGUACUGCCGACACAUGCUGGACUGUUUGCAGUGACUCGUGUUUCCCUCCAUGUGCUCUGUGGAAGUGAAAACAGUACCCUCUCUGGACUGUGUGUGUGUGUGUGUGUGUGUGUAUGUGUUGGGGGGGAUUCCGACAUCGUUUUCAACCUCUCAAUGGUUUGUGGUUGUUUUAUUUUAAUCAAGGAAUUUCCUGAAGAGUGCAACACUGAGGAGGCGAAAUAUUCUUUCGAAUCACGAAAAUCAAGACUUUUAUAUCAGAGUAGCAAUAUCCUUUGUCCUAGUGGUCGAUGCAGGAAGUGCAGAACGGUUACACGGUCACGGCGCCGCCUCUCGUCAGCGCCGAUGAGCGAUUUGAUCGAAAAUGAAGCCCCCGUCGGUUUCUUUUCUUCCCGUCAUCAUGUUGCACGCGCAGUGUUUCGUUUUCGGUGUGUCGUCGGAGCUGCAGAGUACAAUUUUAAAAAACGUUGGAUCCGAGAACGUUGUAGACGUAAUACUGCCUUAAAAAAAAAGCGUUUGAUUAAAGUAUUGCCGCUAUUUUAGGCGCUUCAGAGGCAAUGCUUUCUGCGUUCAUUUAAAAGGGUGGAGGACAAGCUCCCUGUUUUUAUUUUAUUCUUGUUUCUUGUGGUUGUGACGUCUGUUUUUUAUCUGGAACUUGAAAACUGGUGAAAUCGAGCGUGCGCAACGCCGUUUGAUGCCACGAGUGACGCGGUCGGCGAUAACGACGGACUAAACAGAGCAAUAAUUUACCAGGUAGAAAUCGUCCUCGCCUGAAGAAUUUAUUUUGUUUUUUUGUUUUGUUUUAGAAGGAGCUAGCUUUUAUUUCACGUUUGAGACAAACCCUUUGGAAAACAUUCAGUCACCGCCGGAAACGAAAGGAAUGUACCGCUUUCGAGAAAUGGUCGGUGCCAAGUCGCCAAAAGAAAUAAUCACGUCGUCGGUUUUUUUGGACCACCGCGAUACGCUAAAAACGCUUGGUGGGAAUCAAACGUCCUGGUGUGGAAAAUGUUGAAAUGGGGUUUUGGCUGAAGAGAUGAAAGAGGCGCCAUUGUUCGAAAAUACCCCCCUGAGAUAAAAGGUGCCACUCAGCCACGCUGACAUCAUCUUCCCCGGCGCCGUUGUCCAGAAAUCAAAGAGCCCUCUUCAGGGUUUCCAGGUCUGGAAAUUUAAUACCAAAAGAGACGGAGCUUCAGUUGCACGCGAAUCGCGCCAUUACACCCCAUCCCUAUCCCACCACCACCACCACCCUCAGCUCUGUAGACAUGCCAUGUAGAGAUCCCUUAUUUAUCCCCGUGUCUCCGCCGCUCGUCCCUCAAAAGGCGUAGUUGAUGUGACGGAACAUGCAUUAGAGUGUCUCUCCAGAUUGCUCCUCUUUUCUCCCCGGUAAGUUUUUUUUGUACAGCGCACAAGAGACGAGGUAGGGGUGGGGGGGGGGGGGGGGCUUUGCAGGAGACGUGCUUAAAAGCCAAUCAACCUAUUCUGUGCCAUCUGUCUCCACUUCAAAGCGAGAGAGAGGAAGAAGAAAAAAGGUUCCAACGUUGAGUGUGUUUUCGGUGCAGUAUUCUUUCGUGAAAAAAGACGUCCAUCCAUCCAUUCAGUCGGCCACCUCAGGAGCGGUGUGGUGUGUUCACGGAGAAAAACCAUUACAACCACGUCUCCUACCCGCCGCCGUAACCUCAGAUACAUCUGUGGAUUCAGUAUACAUUUAUGUCGACCGGUUUCAUCUCGAAUGCAUAGAAAAAGCUGACGGAAAGUGAAGUAGCCAUUACUAGCGUUCUUCGUUCUCGUGGGUACCUUUAAGAAGGCAAGAAAAAAAACACUUGCCUGCCGAGACGUCGAUGAGUAAAGUCGGUUAUCUUAAAAAAACGGAUGUGGAAACCAGACGCGUACAUUUGUGUGGACGUGCCAUCUCACUUGUCGGGCUGGAUGCCGAUGACCUCAUCGACCUCUUCGAAGUCACAGACCCUUUCAGAGCCAAAGAUCAACACAAAUAAUCCAGGGACUACAGAUGAAAAUUAGCUGCAGCUACAAUCUGGUAUCGUGCAUCAAAUGGCGAUGUUUAUGUUUUGACUGUACAUGGUCACUUUUUAAUAAAGAUAAUAAUUAAUAAUCACGCACAUCCGGACGACUUAACGAAAUUAAUCAAGUGCUGGUUGCAGCACAUUUGGUUGUCAGAAUCGAUGUUCCCCGAGUGGCCUCGUCGUAACUGGUGGCUUUCAGCCCGAAUGCUUGGUGAUCGGUGUCGAUAAUAAACUACGAUGAACACGUUUUUCCGCCACCGCACCUUUGGAGCGGCCAUUUUGUUUUUAAACCCAAUGUAAUUAGUUUGGGUCGCUUGGUGGAUCCUCGGUGGUUUCCCGCUCCGGCAUGGCCCGAUGAGCUGCUGCACUGCUCCACACAUCCGUUGCCAAACUCGCGUGCGUCAUCAUCGCUUGUAUCGGAUCACUGAUUUUAAAUGUCAGAUGUGGAGGAUCACACAAUGGAGGGAUCGUAAAAUAAAAUGGUUUGGGGGAAUGCACCUCAGGAGUAUUUUCAUCGUCAGAUACUCCAGUGAGCCUCUUAAUAUCCAAUUAGCGAGCAGAAAGGACGACAGAAUAUCCAGCAAACAUUCACAUGCACGUCGGAAUCGAUUCAUUUAUCAAGUUAAUUAUUGCCAUGAAAUAACUGUACUUGUUUCAUUGUCUGAAAAACGGAGACAGAAGAAGAACAAAAGUGGAUAUUAGCUACUAACAGUUGAGUUUGGCUGCGGUAGUGAUGAGAGGAACCAGGGGGCUUGACCGGGCUCUGCCCGUGGUACCGUUUUAGAUGAUGGUAAAAGGUUUUAUAGUCAUCAAAAAUGCAUUCUCUGCCGAUUGCUUUCGCUCCCUUCUGAAACACUUGAGGAAUAUAUAAUAAUAAAAAAACACGUUACCACUUUUUUACCUUCGCUGCCUUUAACAAGUGAACGUAAAUGUCAUUCAGAACAUAGCUGGAUCCAUUUCCACUGUGGGACUCACCUUCGUCAGGAGACACCAGGAAUUAUCCCCGACCGGCUCUGAGUCCCCCCCCCCCCACCACCACCACCCCCAUGUCACACACUCUCCCCUUUAUUCAUACAGCAGAGCUCAGCAAUUGGGCCUUGGCCAGACCUUUGAAUUGAAUACCGGCCUGAAGUCAUUCAGUCAGCACAAAACUCCCCGGUUCGCAGGCGGCUCUCUCCCCCCACCCUUCCACACUCCACUCCACUCUGAUUUUAAAACCGGCGCACCCUGGAGGCCCCUUUACACCCCAGGGUAGCAUGCCUCUGUCCUAAUUUUUGUUUCCUCCCGUUCUGGGGAAACAGCAGUUUGAGCCACAUUGAGAUUAAGGCCGGGAUGCAUUGGAUUGGAUUUCCAACCCACCCGGAAACCUUCACCGCCAGAAGUCACUUUACUGUCUGUGUUUCCGCUUGUGUUUUCAUCCACAUUUUUUUAAACUUCAGGUCGCUUCAACUCUGGACAAGAACAGUUUUGUCGUGGCUAAAAAAAACAAAAAAACCACACACACAAAAAAAGAAGAAAAAAAUAUAUAUAUAUUUAAAAAAUGAAAAAAAACAGGAUGUAGGUUGGUUGGAAUCAGGAAUAGCAGAUAGAGUACGAAGUUAUUUUUCAAAUUUUUGUGGUUCAACAGUUGGAAAUUGGUUCCGGCGCCUCGGUGGAGGCGGUGGAUCGUUCCAAAGAGUGCAGCGCUGUUGAUUGUGUCAGAGGGAGGCGAGAUUUGAGGGGAUCUUUGUAUAUGUACUAAUUGUAAAACUUGUACAUUUUAUUUAUAUUGUUUUUUACACAUACUACUCAGUAGAGAGCUCUGAAUACAUUGAAAAUGCACUAUAUUUUUCUAUCUCGCAGAUGAAUUAUUGUCAACCACCAAGAUUUCAGUUGUACAGAAGUUUUCUUUUCAGUUUUUUUCAUUUAGGACCAAAGACAGCUGAUAGGAUUUCCAUCUUUACUUUUGACUUUGUUUCUGAUUUUUAUUUUUUGCGUUUUUAGUUUGUUGUACAGUAAUACAAAAUGUCAAUUUAUUAUUUAUUUUUCUGUGAUGAAAGUAUUGAAUAUCCACUGGUCAAAAGUAUUUUCCCCAACAGCAGAACUGUAAAAUCGUUCAAUUAGACAAUUUCUUGUUACAUAGACAAUUCUUUUUGCUUUGUAACCUUUGUAAUAGACUGUACAUAUAUUUUUGGAAAUAUAAUACAAUCUCUAUAGAAGUUG